AUAUGUGUGUGUAUGGCAAAAUGACAGCAUUUAGGGUCCAGGUUGUCUGUUUCGUCCAAUUUGAUGUGUGUUUGUGUGUGUUUAUGUGUCACGUUUCCUUCCUAAGGUUCUUCCAGACGUUGCCAAGUUAGCAACACACAUUUAGUUUUGACUCGAUUGAGUUACAUCGUUUUUAGCCUACAACUUUAAACUAGUUGGUACAGCCGUUGUCAUCAUCAAGAGAUCGGGUCUCGCCUCUUUGAAUACACUUUGCAUACUGGUAGAACCGGUAGUACACAACGAGAACGCGUAUGAGACCAGUAGGAACGCUGUCUAGUUCACUCCAGGGUUUGUGGUGACAACAGACAAUGGGUUCCCAGACAAUGGGCAUUGCUUACGCUAACAAGCAACCCGUGACCAUCCUCGUGCCGUUCUGUAAAAAAGCUGUGGAUUACAGCACUACAGAAAACCUGCUUCGGUCUUGUAAGGGAAUCCCAGUUGGGAAGGUCAUCUUUAGCCACCUUCAAGAGGGUGAAAGUCUCUUGGACUACUUUUACCGACUGAAAGAAGUUAUUGACGACAAUCACGUCAAUGUGGUUCUGGCACUCUUUGACGUUGCUACGCUCGUGCAGUCGGCUCUGUCACGAGAGUUCCCGAAUCAACUCGAAGGGCCGAGUGUGGAGUCGUCGUUUCUCGCCUAUCACAAGGUGUACACCAGCCAGUGUCUGGACCCGGACUCCGAGUCUUCUGCUCACGGCGUCUUGGACUUGGACUCACCGACCCUUCCUGAAGAUGCCGCGACUCUGUUAAAGAGGGUGGAGCUUCCUGCCUUUGCAAAGGUUCCGUGCGGCGAUGCCUCUCAGGGCGUUUGGAAGAUCAGCAGCGCCAGUCAGCUGACGGAUGUACUGGAAAAGAUGGGACGUAUUAACGAGGGGCAUUUCUCCCAGAAUGAACACAUCAGCAACGCGACCUUCAUGCGUGACUUCAUACUGAAGGUACUGGAUGUGGAUCACUACCCGAUGGUUUUGAGGAACACUAUCAUAGUGGAGCCGUACAUCGAUGCACCGGCAAAGGUGAAUGUGGACGGAUGUGUUUACAACAAAGAGAUCAUCCACUGGGCCAUCUCUGAUAGUCUCCACUGGCCGGGACACGACAUCCCCUUCCAGGGAAGCUACAUGCCUUCUGCCCUACCAGACGCGGUCCAGAGGCGACUGUGGGGCGGAUUUGACAAGGUGGUGGGCAGGAUGGUGGACCACGGCUUCAACAACCAGUUCGUACAUGUGGAGUACUUCAUCUUGGCCGACGGACAGAUCAAGCUGAUUGAGGUGAAUGGCCGUAUUUCCGGUAACCUGAGCGGCCUGUACGCGGCCUGCCUGUCGGGCCCGCUGCCGCUGCAGGUGCUCCUCGGGCUGUGCUGCGGGGUCCGGCCCGUCCCCCCUGUACCCACGGGACGGGCUGCUCUCAACCUGCCUCUCCAAGUCCGCGGCGGCUACACGGGGAAGGUCGGAGACAUGGUCAACAAGUCUGAGCUGGAAAUCCUGAAGAAAGACCCUGACGUCAAGAUCACUAUGGUCAUGUAUUUCGACGAGGUGUUUCUCCCUGGUAAAAUCGAGUUUGCGAAGGUUUGGACGUACGGGGCGACCCCUGACGACGCGAAGAAGAAGUGCAGGGAAGUGAUGCAGCACGUGGUUCCGUGCGGCGAUGCCUCUCAGGGUGUUUGGAAGAUUAGCAGCGCCAGUCAGCUGACGGAUGUACUGGAGGAGAUAGGACGUAUUAACGAGGGGCAUUACUCCCAGAAUGAACACAUCAGCAACGCAACCUUCAUGCGUGACUUCAUACUGAAGGUACUGGAUGUGGAUCACUACCCGAUGGUUCUGAGGAACACUGUCAUAGUGGAGCCGUACAUUGAUGCACCGGCAAAGGUGAAUGUGGACGGAUGUGUUUACAACAAAGAGAUCAUCCACUGGGCCAUCUCUGACAGUCUCCACUGGCCGGGACACGACAUUCCCUUCCAGGGAAGCUACAUGCCUUCUGCCCUACAAGACGCGGUCCAGAGGCGACUGUGGGGCGGAUUUGACAAGGUGGUGGGCAGGAUGGUGGACCACGGCUUCAACAACCAGUUCGUACAUGUGGAGUACUUCAUCCUGGCCGACGGACAGAUCAAGCUGAUUGAGGUGAAUGGCCGUAUUUCCGGUAACUUGAGCGGCCUGUACGCGGCCUGCCUGUCGGGCCCGCUGCCGCUGCAGGUGCUCCUCGGGCUGUGCUGCGGGGUCCGGCCCGUCCCCCCUGUACCCACGGGACGGGCCGCUCUCAACCUGCCUCUCCUAGUCCGCGGCGACUACACGGCGAAGGUCGGAGACAUGGUCAAUAAGUCUGAGCUGGAAAUCCUAAAGAAAGACCCUGACGUCAAGAUCACUAUGGUCAUGUAUUUCGACGAGGAGUUUCUCCCUGGUAAGACCGUGUUUGCGAAGGUUUGGACGUACGGGUCGACCCCUGACGACGCCAAAAAGAAGUGCAUGGAAGUAGUACAGCGCGUGGUGAAGAAACCUGAGCAUUUGAUGUUUAACUUUCCGUAAAUACUCUGUUUCAACGA